AUGUCAUCUCGUGUGCUCAAAAACCUCAUCGCCAUGCUUGAGGCUGAAGAAGCCGAAGCUGCAAAAUCCAACAACCAUGGUACUGCUGACGCAUUUAGCAACCAUGGUAGCGGGGACCAAAAUUUCUCCAAUGCCAAAAUCAACAGUGGUGCAAACUCCGGGGACCGAAUAAAACGCCGCACCACCAACAAUCGUGGCGGCCGCACUGUAAAUAACAGUGGUAAUUUCCAUGGUAAUGGCAAUGGAGGGUAUACUCAGGGUGACUUUAAUGCAUCCACAUCGAACAUUCACAAAUAG